AUGGAGAGCGGGCUGCUGAACGGCGGGCCCCCCUUCAAGCGAAAGCAGCAGCACCAUCACCCCCACGCGAACGAGCACGCGCAGUAUGAACUGCCCAAGGGCAGGCUCUUCCACCUGAUAACGCGCAUUGGCAUAUCGAUCAUAAGCAUCCUGGUGAUUUCCCUGUUCGUGAAAAGCAACAGCAGUAGGAAUAGCAACAGCAGUAGGCACAGCGCGGGGGAGCUGCCCAUCAUGACCAUAGACGAAACGACCACCGAGCUGCUGAACUCCUUUGGGUUCCCCCCGAACAGCAAGGAGCUGGUCUACAGCAGUUUAGAAAAAUGGGGCUUCCACCUCGCCGACAUCGCAGACGCAGAAGUGAAUACAAAUUAUAACGAAGCCGAUUUGGACAAUUACAAGUACUCAAAAAAAACGUACAAAAAUAUUUUGUUUUCUUUUUUUGAAAAAAAGGAAACAAGUCAAAUAGGAAAAAAUGCCCUCUUAUACACAUACCUGGAAAUCCUCCAAACGAAGGAAAUAAAUAGCUUUUACGAUUUUUUGCACACUUUUUUGGUGCUGCAAGAUUUGAACUGCUUGCCUGUUAAUUACAAAGGGGUGUACACAAAUGGGAAGCUCUUCCUAUCCAACCACAUGCAAAACAUAACCAAAGCGGAGCUAACCAAUGUGCACACGCUGAUCAAUGAGGGGCCAUACCUAUAUGUAACAUUUCAUGGAGGGAGGAAGAAAAACUCCAUUCAUAAUAUCUGUAAAUUCUCGCGAGAUGGCUAUUACCUAGGGUCUGUACUACUCCCUUUUGAAGAAAAAGGCAAAUUUUUUAACUCCAUAAGUUUAAGAGGGUUGCUACUUCAUCAGAAUGGCUUGUAUGUGACCGACUCGUUUAAAGAAAAUUCAAAAAUAUUUCAUUUUAGUGAAAGUCUGAAGGAGUUUUCAAAUAGGAGGGCCUAUGUCUCCACCUUUAUAGAACAAGACCCACAGAAUAACCCCCUCAUGAUACACCCAUAUGGCAUUAAAAAAUAUGAUCAGUUUUUUUACGUAAGUUCCCAGAAUACUGGCACUGUCCUACGGUUCGAUGUUGACAAGGGGGUACUGGGUCAGCCAAUAAAUUUGUACAAAAAUAUUUCAAAUGGGCUAGUUAUAAAGCUUAAUAAAAAUGAAGAAAUCCGGGGCCUCGAUUUCGACUCCAUGGGGAAAUGCUACGUUUCGAAUAAACAAACUGGCGUUCAAAUAUAUGACCAGAAUUUUAACUUAGUAAAAAUUAUUCCCGUUUUUUCGCCAAUUUCCAUUUUAUUUCACAAAGAAAGUAAUCACAUUUUUGUUGGUAGCUCCAAAACGCAUGAUAUUAAAGAAUAUGAUAUUAACAACUUUGAGCUUAUUAAGGUGAUUAAGCACCCCCUCCUUCGGCACGUGGCGGGCAUCAUCAUUCACCAGGACUCCAUCUUCGCUGUCUCCCAGAGGAAGAACAAGCUGCUUGAGUUUUCCAUUUCGACGACGCUCCUCAGGAAGAUCCUCGUGGACGACUUCGCCGAUGUGGGCGAGCGCGUCAUGCUCUCCCCCACCUGA